AUGCAAGAGUUCAAACGGACUCAUAGACCCAUUCCACUUGAUUGUAUUCAUCCUCGUUGGAGGAAGUUAGAUUUUUUGGAGCCCCGACCUAUUGCUACACCGAACAAUCCUCCAGAAAAUGCACAGUUAGAAUUAUUUGUGAAGUGGUGUCAAAGUUGUAGUUCUGAGAGAAAGAGACAUGUUAGUAUGAAGUUACAAGAGAUUAUGAAUCCUGCAUCUACCACACUUACACAACCCCAAUUGAAGAUUAAAACAAAAGGUCGUCCAAAAGUUGACACAUCUACUCGACGUUUGCCUUCUGCUUUUGAGGUUGUUACAACACCGCCAUGUAAGAAGCCAAAGACCAUACCCCAAAAGCGAUCAGUUUUGAAUAGUCAAACACAACCAUUGCCAUAUGUGUAUCUAAAGAAGCCGCCUUCGAAGUUACCUAUCUAUAGGCCUAAACCCAUUGUAGAUGACUCUUGCUUAACACCAGAGUUUAACAAGUGGUUUCCUAAACAUAUGUUGAUACAUAUUAGAAGGGCACAAGAUGUUCAGAGUGAUGGUAAUUGUGGUUUUAGAGCCAUUGGAUCAUUGAUGGGAUUUGGUGACAAUGCUUGGCGCAAAGUACGCAAAGACUUGUUGAAGGAGUUGAGGAAAGAAUCUGUCAUAUACGAGUUAAUAUUAAAUGGUAAGGAGCGGGUACAACAUAUUGAGGAUAUGUUGGACUAUUUUGAGGACUUCCCACUUCAAGAUAGGUGGAUGACUAUACCAGAUAUGGGACACCUCAUUGCAUCUUGUUAUAAUGUAAUCCUCAUGACUUGGUCAGUGCAUCAGUCACUUACAUUUUUUCCAUAUGAGACUGCUCCAUUGGAUUCUAUCUAUCGCCGUGAGAUUUCGAUUGGAUUUGUUAACCAUAACCACUGGAUUAAGGUUUAUUUGGAAGGUCAACACCCUAUGCCACCAGUUGAUGAGCGUUGGUUGAGAUGUGCAACCAUAACUGCAUCAGAUUGGCUUACGCCAUAUCAGGAUCGUAUACGUCAAUUUAGAUAUGAAGCUGGUGUAGCAGACUCUUAUGAUAAUGACCCUAUAUUUAUUGAGUAG